AUGGACGGACUUCUCCUUGAAGCUGCCACAUCUGGCGAUGCCGAGCGUCCGGCUCUUGUUGAGCCUGGCGUGCUUCUUGGGGCCACUCCACGGGGGAACACCUGCCUCCACAUCGCCUCCAUCCACGGCCACGAGGAGUUCUGCAAGGUUGUCCUGACGCUGGACAACUCCCAGGAUCUCCUCGCCGCCGUCAACAGAGAUGGCGAGACGCCUCUGCUCACCGCCGUGACAAGGGCCCGUGCCUCUCUAGCUUCUGUUUUGCUCAGGUCCUGCCGUGACCGGCAGCUGAGCGAGGCGGUCCUGAAGCAGGACAAGCACGGAUGCAACGUGCUGCACCACGCCAUCCGGGGAGGGCACGGGGAGCUCGCGCUCGAGCUGAUAGAAGCAGAGCCGGCCUUGUCGAAAGCUGUGAACAACCGUAACGAGUCGCCCAUGUUCAUCGCGGCGAUGAGGAAUUAUGCAGAUGUCGUCAAGAAACUGUUGGAGACUCCUGAUCCUGCCCAUGGAGGAAGCUGGGGCUACAAUGCUCUGCAUGCUGCCGUGACAAAUGGCAAUUCAGAUCUUGCUGAACGGAUUUUGGAUAAACAUCCUCUGCUAAUCAGACAGGAAACUGAGAACAAUCUUACUCCAAUACACCUGGCUGUAUCUGAGGGCAAACUUGACGUGCUAACAGCAUUGUUGAAACAUGAUCAGUCUUUAGGUUAUCUAGUCUCCACAGCUGGUACUCCUCUUCUCUGCAUCGCAGCAUCUGAGGGCCAUGUGGGCGUUGCUCGAGAGCUUCUUAAACAUUGUCCUGACGCUCCGUACUGCGACGCAACGGGCUCCACAUGCCUUCACGUAGCUGUACUGUCUGGUCAGGCAGAGUUUGUGGAGUUCAUCCUGGCCUCGCAACAGCUUCGGCAACUCGUUAACAUGUUAGAUGGAAACAGAGAAACUGCUCUGCAUCUCGCAGUCAAAAGGUGCAAUAAGAAGAUGGUCGCUGCUUUACUGCUCCGCCAAGACAUAGACGUCACGGUGCUUAACGGUAAUGGUAUCACCGCAAACAUGGUAGUACCAGAUGGCGUCAACAAAGUGAAGCCUUUAAUCCCGAUUGCAGCCGGCCCCGCUACCACCGGAUCACCUGGAGCAACGAUGGGAACAAGUCUCCUGGAAGCAGCCGCAUCCGGUGACGGCGCAUCACUCAGGCAACUGGCUCAUGACAACCCGGGCAUGCUGCUCUCAGCAAACCCACAAGGGAACACCUGCCUCCACAUCGCCUGCAUCCACGGCCACGAGAGAUUCUGCGAAGAAGCCAUCGAGCUGAACCCCACCCUCCUCGCCGCCGUCAACAGGGACGGCGAGACACCCCUGCUCAUCGCCGUGACCAGCGGCAAUGCUCCGUUAGCUGCUUUUCUGCUCAGAUGCUGCAAUGAACGGCAGCAGAGCAGGGCCAUCUUGAAGCAAGACAGGCACGGGUGCAAUGCGCUGCACCACGCCAUCCGUAGCGGCCACGUGGAGCUGGCAGUGAAGCUUAUUCUGGCCGAGCCAGGCUUGUCCCAAGCUGUGAACACCAGCAACGAGUCGCCCAUGUUCAUCGCGGUGAGGAGAGAUUUGACUGGUGUCUUUGAGGAACUGUUGAGGGUUCCCUAUUCUGCUCACUGUGGAACCAGGGGCUACAAUGUUCUGCAUGCUGCUGUUUGUAAUGGUAAUGCAGGUAUCGUCCGAAGGAUAAUGGAGGCACGUCCUUGGUUGGCCAGAGAAGAGGAAUUGGCCCAGGUGACUCCAAUACAAGCGGCUGCCUAUGAGAACAAGAUUGCCAUCCUCAGAUUGUUCUUGGAACAUGACCGGUCUCUAGGGUAUCUGAUCCCCACAAGUGGUGAGCCCCUUCUUUGUACCGCGGCAUUUGUUGGCCAUGUCGGUGUCGCGCGAGAGCUUCUCAACCAUUGCCCGGAUGCUCCCUUUCGCAAAUGGACAAAUGGUUGGACAUGUCUUCACACGGCUGUGUUCUACGGUCAAAUGGAGUUUGUAAAAUUUAUCAUGGGGUCAAAACACCUCCGGAAGCUUGUUAACAUGCGAGACGAAAGCGGAGAAACAGCUCUGCAUAUCGCGGUCAGAAAGUGCAACCCGAAGAUGGUCGCUGCUCUACUUCAUCAUCAAGACAUAGAUAUCACAGUGCUCAGCAAAACAGGUCAGACUGCAACGUGGGUGCUGUUCAAUGCCGCCGACCACGCCAAGACAUUAAACUGGAAUGAAGUGUAUAUGCUUCUGCGAAAGGCUGAUCCCAAAAUUGCAACCUCCACUUACAAUCUUCAUGGAGCAGUCAAGGACGAAGUAACUAAUGCAUCAAGAAAGGAUGUGAAGACACUGACCAAAAAGUAUACAAGCAAUACUUCUGUUGUGGCAAUACUCAUCGCCACGAUUACCUUCGCCGCAGCAUUCACCUUGCCUGGAGGAUAUAGUACUGACGCUGGCAACGAGGGGCAUCCCAUCAUGGCAAGGAAGCUUGCAUUCCAGGCAUUCUUGAUCUCUGAUACCUUGGCAAUGUGCUCCUCACUGGCUGUUGCCUUCGUAUGCAUCCUAGCAAGGUGGGAGGAUCUUGAGUUCUUGCUUUACUACAGGUCUUAUACUAAGAAGCUUAUGUGGUUUGCGUACAUGGCGACCACCACAGCAUUUGCAACUGGUUUGUACACAGUACUGGCACCUCGUCUCCUAUGGUUGGCUGUCGCAGUUUGCCUUCUGACGGUUUUACUGCCCAUUCUUACUAUGCUGCUAGGAGAGUGGCCUAUCUGGAAACUACGAUUCCAGUUGCGUCAGAAUUUCAAGUCCGAACUCCUCAAUAUGGUCUAAUCUCGUCACCAUCCAUCAUUUCCAGCUACUUAUUUUAUAAAUAAUACAGACCUUGUUAGUUGCAU